AUGAGUGGAACUACAGCACCAGUGGGGGGCGGCGCUCAACCCAGUCGUUUGUUAGAGCCGUGGAGAUACGUCGGCUAUCGUGGAUAUUCGAAAUUCAUUUCCUCUGACGAUGACUUGUUUCUCCUUCGCCGUUUCUCAGUGCUGAAUGUUCGAGUAGCUUUGUCCCUUCAAAACCAGCUGGUAACGCUUGAGCGACAGCUAAAUGAAUUAGAUGAUAAGUAUGAAAGCGAAGGCGUUCACAACGGACGGUUCGAAGGAGAUGAGAAGCGAGAAAGGCUCUUGUCUAGUAUUGAGGAAAAAUUGCGAAAAUAUAAUGAACUUCUGUUGCAGCAAUCCGCUAUACGAAAAUAUAAACCAGCCCCUAAGCAGGACAUCAAAAAUAUUCUCCGUCGGCAUUUGAAUCACGCAAAUGUUGCUAUCUGGGAGGAUGAACUGCAAUACCUGUACCAUGGCGGGAUUCACGAUCUCAUCUGCGUGGUUCAAAAGGAAAAGCCUCCGCUACGCCGCGUUAUCGACAGCUCACGUCUAUUUCGCACAAUGGAUCUCUGGAAGAUGAAGCGAGGGCAGGGGUCGGAAGAUGCCGUAGGAGAUGUUAUUUACUUUUCCGAAAGACGCUUGGAUCUCUUUGUUUCUCUCACCACCACAAUAAUUGGUCUUGCUAUGCUUGUGACGCCCAUAUGGAUCCUUCAAUCAACAGAAAGCCUUCAAGUGAAGCUCAUUGUUAUAACUGUCUUUAUCAUCGUGUUCCUGCUUGUCUUAUCCUUUGGUAUGGUGGCGAAACCCUUCGAAGCCUUGGGAGCAACAGCAGGGUAA